AUGCCCUCCCUCGUGAAGAAUGUCGUUAAUUGGGGCGCACAUCUUCGCUCCUCAUCCACCGCAAGUCCGAGCAACAAGAACCCAAACGUCAACAACGCCCCUCCACCAGUCGAUCUCUGCGAGAUAUGCGGCAAGAAGCCCAAAUUCGUCGAUAAAGGUUUCAAGCACCCCUAUUGCAGCAGAAGCUGCGCCCGAAACGUCCAAGGUCCAAACGGGCCCACCGCCUGCACACUCCGCGGGUGCCGAGCAACAGGAAAACCAGCGUUUGCCGGGUUCUGUUCUGACCUUCACGCAAAGGAAGGCGUAAGAGUGGGUUUGGUGCCUGCCUGUGAUCAAUGCAAGACCCAGCCGCGGAGUGUCGGUUCCUUCUGUAUUCCUUGCGAACGGCAGACGAGGGGUGGUCCGCGAUUGAGAGAGCUAAAUCCUGAUGGAGCUGCGUUCAAGAACUUGAGGGCCCAGUUCUUUAGCGAGUGGGAGGCACCAGGAUCGACGUCAAGUCCCACAUUCGAGAAGGCGUACGAGGUGAUUUUGCCUAGAGAAUUCCGCACACGCCAUGAUCAAUACAGAUCGAUGAACCCACAGCUCACCGAAAUCCGAAGCUUCCACUCCUCCCAAUGUAUCUGUGAUUUGGGCUACAAAGACUCCGUUCUCUGCAACUUCAAGUCUUGCGGCAUCUGCUGCACCGUCAAGUCCGGCUUCAAGGCCUUUGCCUUCGGGGCGCCGUUCAACAAGGGUCGAUUCGGAGAUGGGAUUUACUCGUACCGCAAUCCAGCGUUGGCGGAUCGAUUUGCAACGUCCUGUACAUCAUCCCCGUUCCGAGUGAUGAUUGCCUGUGAUGUCUCCGUUGAACCUGGACAAUGUUCGGAUGACGACCAAGAGUCGCUGUUUGUGCCAGUCGCUGAUGGGAUCCUCCCUGCGUAUGUCAUCAUGUACACCAAGUGA